GGAAGGUUCUCCUACCUGCUGGUAGGUAGUGCUACCUAUUACCUGGUAAAAGAGUAUUGGAAACUUACCUCCAGAACCUGGUGUAGGUGUAUCAGUGAUACACACUACCUAGGAGUACUUACCUUUAAUAUGGUAGUUCCGUAGCCGACUACAGGUGUUGCAGCGCCUUAUGUUAUUGUGUAUUUAUCAGUAACGUUAACUAGUUGCUGCAGUGGUAUGUACAAAACUGGCAAGCUGUGAGACAGGCAAGCUUUGAGAGAGACACAGUGGUGCGUACAAAGCUUAGUAAGCUGUGAGACAGAGGCAAGCUUUCAGAGAGACAGUGGUUACUUUUGUCACUGAAGCAGCAAGAGAGAUCUUGGAGGUGCUGCUGCUGCUACUGUUGCUGCUGUGGCACCUGGUGACGCUGACGGCUGCAGCUGACACAUCCUCCCUCUGUGCUAUUCCCAAGACUCUUGCGAACUUGGAUGUCUAGGAAGCUGAAGGAAGAGUCGUGGCGAGCGUGUGGGGUCGGCUGCUGGGGUCCUCACUCUCACCAGGUGGAGCCACAAAUGAGCUCGACAACAGCAUAAAUGAGUGAAGGAUAGUGUCGGCCCAACAGGGACGGUGUAGCAGGGAGCCUUGAGCGUGGUGAGCUGGAGGUGACUGCCACCGUCGCCGCCGCCAGCCUGCAGGAUGGCGACUAUAGACGGUCGUCCGGCGCAGUAUGGCAUCACCCUGCGGCAGCUGCGCGAGCUCAUGGAGACGCGUGGCCACGAGGGCAUAGAGCUUAUACAGCGGGAGCAUGGCAGCACGCUCGAAAUCACAAAGAAGCUCUACUCUUCCCCUACCAAUGGGUUGAGUGGGAAUGCUAGCGACAUGGAGCACAGGCGGCAAACAUUUGGUUCAAAUGUUAUACCACCAAAGCCGCCUAAAACGUUCCUGAUGCUGGUAUGGGAAGCUUUACAAGAUGUUACCCUCAUUAUUCUUCAAGUAGCAGCAGUUGUGUCCUUAGGUCUAUCGUUUUACAGACCAACAGAAGAUGAGGUACAUGGAGUUGGUGGCCACGAUGAGGGUGAGGAAGAAGCUGGAUGGAUUGAGGGUGUGGCCAUUCUUAUUUCUGUGGCAGUUGUUGUAUUUGUCACUGCCUUUAAUGACUACACAAAAGAAAAACAAUUUCGGGGCCUACAAAGCCGCAUUGAGGGGGAGCACAAAUUUUCUGUUAUUCGUGGAGGAGAAGUUCAGCAGAUUGGAGUGGGAGAUAUUGUUGUCGGUGAUAUUUGCCAAAUAAAGUAUGGUGAUUUGUUACCAACUGAUGGCAUUUUGAUACAAAGUAAUGACUUGAAGAUUGACGAGUCAUCUCUAACAGGAGAGUCGGACCAUGUUAAGAAAGGGACCGACACUGAUCCAAUGCUGCUCUCAGGGACACAUGUGAUGGAAGGUAGUGGGAAGAUGUUGGUCACAGCUGUUGGUGUCAAUUCUCAAGCUGGCAUCAUUUUCACUUUACUAGGAGCUGCAGCAGAUGAAGAGCAAGUUGAAGCAAAGAAACGAAAAAAAGAGGCCAAAAAGCAGCGGAAAAAACAGAAGAAGGGCGACUCGGGCGAAGAGUUGAUUGACGCCAAUCCUAACAAGCAAGGGGACGGUGAGGCUGCUGCUGUAACGGGCAACUCCCACCAUAUAACGGCCAAUUCUGCAAAUGCCGAUGGAGAUGUAAGAAAUAAUAAACAUUCAAAAGAGGAUGAGGAUGAGGGGGAAGCACACAGACCAUCAGGGGGAGGUAGUCAGGAGAAGUCUGUGCUACAAGCAAAGCUAACCAAGUUGGCUAUUCAAAUUGGUUAUGCUGGUUCUUUUAUUGCUGUGUUAACAGUUGUGAUUCUGAUAGUCCGUUUCUGCGUACAAACUUUUGUUGUAGAAGACAAACCCUGGUCUCCAUUUUAUGCUAACCAUUUUGUCAAGUUCUUCAUCAUUGGUGUGACUGUGUUGGUAGUAGCAGUGCCGGAGGGUCUUCCACUUGCUGUUACUCUAUCACUUGCUUAUUCUGUAAAGAAAAUGAUGAAGGACAACAACUUGGUGCGCCAUCUAGAUGCCUGCGAGACUAUGGGUAAUGCUACUGCCAUUUGUUCUGACAAGACUGGCACUCUCACCACUAACCGCAUGACGGUGGUUCAGUCAUACAUAUGCGGUGAAGACCACAAGACAACACCAAAAUAUGAAUCGCUUCCACAUCAUGUUGCGGAGCUCCUGAUUCAUUCUAUUAGUGUUAAUUCUGCCUAUACCUCGCGUGUUUUACCAGGAGAUAACCCAGGAGAUCUUCCGAAACAGGUUGGAAACAAAACUGAGUGCUCCUUAUUAGGAUUUAUUUUGGACCUUGGUAAGAGUUAUCAGGCCAUCCGUGAUGAAAUAUCAGAAGAAACCUUCCACCGAGUAUAUACCUUUAAUUCAGCAAGAAAAUCUAUGUCGACGGUGGUCCCUCGAGAAGGGGGUUACCGCAUCUACACAAAAGGUGCCUCAGAAAUUGUAAUGAAAAAGUGCUCCUUCAUCUAUGGAAAGGAUGGCAGAUUAGAGAACUUCUCAAAGUCAAUGCAAGAUCGUCUGGUUCGAGAAGUAAUUGAACCCAUGGCAUGUAAUGGUCUUCGCACAAUCUCAGUUGCAUACAGAGACUUCGUUCGAGGAAAAGCUGACAUAAAUCAGGUGCAUUUUGAUAGUGAACCCAAUUGGGAAGAUGAAGACAACAUUAUCAGCAACCUGACUUGUCUCUGUGUCUUGGGAAUUGAAGAUCCAGUGCGACCUGAGGUGCCUGAUGCAAUCCAUAAGUGCCAGCGGGCGGGCAUUACAGUUCGCAUGGUUACAGGCGACAAUAUUAACACUGCACGCUCCAUUGCUUCCAAGUGUGGCAUUCUCAAACCAGGCGAUAACAGCUUAAUAUUAGAGGGAAAAGAAUUUAAUAGGAGAAUCAGAGAUUCAUCGGGCAAAAUCCAGCAACAUUUAAUAGACAAAGUGUGGGUGAACCUACGUGUGCUGGCUCGCUCAUCUCCUACAGAUAAAUACACAUUAGUGAGAGGUAUUAUAGAAAGUAAAAUAAAUGCCAACAGAGAAGUGGUAGCUGUAACAGGUGACGGCACCAACGAUGGACCUGCCCUCAAGAUGGCUGAUGUCGGCUUUGCUAUGGGCAUUGCUGGUACCGAUGUUGCUAAAGAGGCAUCAGAUAUCAUCUUGACAGAUGACAACUUUACCUCAAUUGUUAAGGCUGUCAUGUGGGGACGCAAUGUAUAUGAUUCCAUUGCAAAGUUUCUACAGUUUCAGCUAACUGUAAAUGUUGUUGCUGUCAUUGUAGCAUUUGUUGGUGCAUGUGCCAUCAAUGAUAGCCCUCUCAAGGCUGUACAAAUGUUGUGGGUGAAUCUUAUCAUGGACACACUGGCUUCCCUGGCGUUGGCAACGGAAGCUCCUACGCCAGAUCUCCUUCAGCGAAAACCUUAUGGCCGCACCAAGCCUCUCAUCUCGCGCACCAUGAUGAAGAAUAUCCUGGGUCAAGCAGUGUACAUGAUUAUGGUUAUAUUCGUUUUGUUAUUUUAUGGAGAUAAAUUGUUAGAUAUUGACUCUGGACGUUACGCUGACAUCCGUGACCCACCUUCCCAGCACUUCACCAUCAUCUUCAAUACUUUUGUUAUGAUGACACUCUUCAACGAAAUCAAUGCACGAAAAAUCCAUGGACAGCGCAACGUUUUUCAGGGCUUCUUUAGUAAUCCCAUUUUCUACAGCAUUUGGCUGAGUACACUAGCAAGUCAGGUUGUGAUAGUACAGUUUGGAGGUCGGGCGUUUUCCACUGAAGCCCUCGGCCUGGAGCUCUGGUUAUGGUGUAUCCUUUUUGGGAGUGGAGUGCUCCUUUGGGGGCAAGUGGUUACCUCCAUCCCAACCAAAAAAUUACCUAAGAAUGUAUUCUCGUGGGGUUCAGGGGAGCCUCAAACAGAUCCCAUUGCUGACUUUGCCAUUGAGGACAAAUUAGAUUCUGAUGGAAAGGAUGGCAAGCGUACGGGUCAAAUUUUGUGGAUCCGUGGCUUGACCCGACUUCAGACUCAGGUCAUUGGAGGCACGUUGCAGGAGCGGCUGAUACCCGUACCGUAUAGCAAGACCUCCACAGACCAGGCUAUUCGAGUAGUUAAUGCGUUUCGACAGGGGCUUGAUGCUCGGCCUUCCAACCCGAAUCUGGCGGCUGUGCUGAAGAAGCAGUCAUCCUUGAGCAAGCGGCUGUCUCAGGGGUCUUCAUUGGAAUAUGCAGAUAUGUGUCCCGAUCCAGAAGAGCUGACAGUCCCAGAGAUCGACGUGGAACGCUUGUCCUCACACAGCCACACUGAGACUGCUGUGUAGACCCAAGUUUAGGCCCCCCAUGCCACUCUCUCAGGGCCAACUGCACCUCCAGCAGCAGCAUUGGCAGCAACAGUAGUGUGAUCAGCAGCAGUAGCAGAAGCAGCAGCAACAACAGCCUUUGGUCACCACCAUAGCAGCUAGUGGGUGCCGCCUGCAGUGUGGUGCCUAGGUGCUGGCUAUGCUGCAACUGAUUGUGACUUGACUGCGAUAAUCAGGGUGGCUCAGACGGGUUAGGGCAGUGACAGCUCAUGUAUGGGAGGAACAACGGUUGUGGGUGCUGUACAGUUCCACUAUUACGAGUAGACUGAGCUCCCACAACUAUUUUGUCUUCCUGGGGGCAUGGUCACAUGCAGAACCCACCCUGAACACACACCACAAAAGGGCACACCCAGCUGUGCUGUAACGUGUGCCUGUGUCUGGUGCACAUCCACACUCACUGGUGUAUGCCAAGAACUCAGUUAACAGUGUGCCGCGCCCCUUGUUUCAUCAUGUCCUACUGUUAAUAGUCUUGUGUAUAGUAAGGGUUGUUAUUGCAUAGUCUACCAAUUAUAGAAAUGGUAAAGGGUUUUUGCCAGAGGGUUAGAUCUGUUGAACAAUACUAAGGACAAAUUACCAUUAUACCUGUAGUCAAAGGAUGUUUUAAACCUCUCUAAGGAAGUUGUGGAAACUUGUAUAUUCAUGAAUGUUCUUGGUUCUUGUUUUCUAAAACCAUGUUGGCUGUUCCUGAUGCUAGAGUCUAUACAUCUCUGUUUUGUUUAUGUUUGGCAGUAUUGUUUUGUCCAUUUGCUGUGUAUGAAAGAAAGAGUCCUAGGUUGUAUGACUGGUGGUACCUCUUAGCUUAAGUGGUAUUAUCAUUGCGUUGCUGAAAGUUGUGUGGUGAGGCCAGCCUUGUUAUAAGCCCGACUUCAACCCACACAACCACCACUGAUGUCUAGGUUUAAUUAGACAUCUUUGCAUUUAAUACUAAUAAUCCUAACAUCAUGGGGGUCGUUUUUAUGGAGCAAUAGUUGUUUUGAAGUAUAUAUAAUAGUGAUGAUGCUUGUCAAUAAUUCAAUCACUGAAGGUAAUUGUCAUGUUAUGUAAUUACAAUAUUACAAAUAAAGUGGUGCACGGUUGUUUCCAACCUUUCACCUGUUACAACGUUGGCUAGCCAAUGGAACCAAUCCUUAUUGUUGUGCCCAUGUGAGGAGCACUCCAGAGGCCUGCAAUGGAGUACAGUCGCCCUAGGAGUAAACCCUAAGAAUUUGUCACGUUCCUACAGCACCAGUUUACCUGAUUUUGGGCAUGCCAAGGGGUCUAACUACACUUUCGUAGUUUGACCUGUAGGCCUCCCCCUCCCCCCUUUCCUCGCCUUAUGGGAUGCUGUUAAGCUUGCCCUCAUCUCGUACCCCUUCCCUCCUAAUCUUUUGAUCUGCAUAGCCUGUCCUUAAUUCCUUUAUCUUAAACACCAUCUACCCUCCUCCAUCACACUUUCCCACUCCAGGUUGACUUGGUGUCUGUGUGCGUGGUCUGCCCGCUCCCAUCCUGUUCUUAGGUGUGGCAAAUAUGCAUUAGUUUUAAGUCAGUUCUCUGGGCUGUUCACCAAACAAUUACACAUAACAAAUUGUAGUCAAUAGCAAACAGUUAUUUCAUUCUUUUCUGUAGAGAAAGUGGAAGAUUUUCUAAAUACUGAAAUGUUGUAAAUCCAAUAAAUGUUAAUGUAAACUGGUAGAGAUAACCAAGAUUAAACCUUCUGUAAAUCUUCAGUCAGUCAUUUUGUGAUGCUCGUCUCAUGUCAGCCACGACACUAACCUUUCGUUUGUCAACUAAUUCUAGGACUGAGGAAGUGUAAGAUCAGUGGAAGUUUGAUAGGAAAAGGCCUUGUACUUCUUCUCUUUGUCCAUUAUCUGAUGUGUGUAUGUGUGUGUUUGUUUUUGGUUGCACAUGUUUGCAACUGUGUAUGUUUUGUGUACACAUGUUUUGUUUUGUGGGUGUGUGUUGUUGGGGUGCUUGUAUGUGUGGGGGUGUGUGUGUGGGAGUGGGUGGGUGUUGUGGCACGUGUGUAUGUUGUGUGUGUGUGUGUGUGGUGCAUGUGUGUGUGUUGUGGCGGCACGUGUGUGUUUGUGUGUCUGUGUGUGUGAAAGUUCGUGGGUUGUUUGUGCAGUGUGGAGCGGCUAGCCAAGGAACACACUCCAUAUAGCAAAAGACAAAUGGGAAGAACAGCCCACUGUUUGGCCACUGUUGUGGUGCGUGUAGGGAUUACGUCCCAAACGCUAAAGCAGCUAUUGAAACUCUGCCACUACCCACGCACUGGAAAGCGCGUAGUACUUUAGAUUUUUCGUGGAUAUAAACAAAUGGCUUCUAUUGUUAAUAGGAAAGAACAUUACUUGUUGCGUUUGUUAACUUUAAAAAUACAGGUUUUCAAGACU